GGAGCCGGUCCAGAUGAACUAUGCGGUCAACGACACCGUCCUGGCAAAGUGGGUGUCAGGCGACAAGGGCUUCUACCCGGCGCGGAUCACGGCGGUCACGGGCAGCAGCACGCAGCCCAUCUAUACAGUCAAGUUCAAGAGCUACGAUAUGGUCGAGACGCUGCGGGGCCGGGAUAUCAAGCCCGCCACCAACAAGCGCAAGGCUGCCGAUGGGACGUCUGCGGGCGGUACCAUUGCCAGCCCGGUUACGCCAGGGACGCCGUCGUCGUCGUCGGCAGCAAUAGCAGCAGCUGCUGGUGGUGGGUUUCCAAGCACCAGCGGUUCGGCGACGAGCAACAACGGCAUCGUCCUGACGAGCGCGCCGAGUGUGUACCCGCAGGCCGAGGACAAGGGUGCAGAUGGUGAAGAGAAGCCGGUCAAGAAGUUCAAGAAGAUCAAGGCGACCAAGGAGCUCGAGAAGGGGAAGAACAAGUGGCAGGAGUUCAACAACAAGAGCAAGUUCGGCAAGGCGCAGAAGAAGGACAGCAUGUUCCGGACGCCAGAGGGUGUGCACGGGCGAGUUGGAUUCACAGGCUCGGGCCAGGCCAUGCGCAAGGAUCCUACCAGGAGUCGUCAUAUCUACCAACCUAAUGAGGACGUUGACUAAGAUGCUUUUUUCUUGCUGCAGAAAUCCUUUUUCUCUUUCGUCAUCCGGGGCUGUCUCGGAGCGCGGCAACAAAAACGACUGCUAGAUCAUCUCCUUCGAAACCUGAAAAGCCGGGACAGGCCCCUCUCGAUCACUGUGCUGGUGGCUCCCUCGGCCCUUGCAACACGCACACCUCGCUCUCGCUCUCUC